AUGUCAGAUGAUAACUGCAACGACUGUGGUGAACCAUUUGAUUUGUAUAAAUGCUGCAUUCAAUGUGUUCGUAAGCAAGAUAAUGAUAACUGCGAAGUUUGCAAUGGGUCUCUGGAACAAUUUAAAUGGUACAUUCAAUGUGGUUGCAAACUGGUGAUGGAAGGAUGGACUAGUGGAAAUGCGAAAUAUGACAAAAUAAUAAAAGAAACACAAGAAGGCAUUGAUUGGCAUGGUUAUCCUUGUUUAAAAUGGAUUCCAGAGGAACAUCUUAAAAAUAUCAUAGAAAUCGGUAAAUAUAAAUUUGGAACAUUUCUUUCAGCAGACUGGGUUAAUGGGGACUAUGAUAGUUUUCAAAUCGAUAGGAAUGGCAUAUUAGUUUAUAAAUAUAAAUCAAAGAAAUGUAGAAUAAAAGUGUUUAACAAAGACGAUGAUUUUCUGGCAGAUUUACAGAAAGGGAAGAGUUAUCUUCUGGAAUUGGAUGACAAAUCUCGCGAUUAUAAAUGUAGACUCUAUGGUGUUUCGCAACUAAAAGAAAUGGGAAAAUAUGUACUAAUAUGUGGUGCAAUCUGUAUGGAAUGCGGUAGCAUAUUCAAAGAUUGUUGUCCCUGGUGUACAGAAUGUCACUACGAACGUAAGCAGUUAACACUAGGGUGGACAAGUGGGCGUUCUGAAUACGAUGAAAUUAUCAGAAAAACACAAGAAGACGCUGACUGGGUUGGCUAUGAAUGCUUAAAAUGGAUUCCCACGAGCAGUUUAAAGAAUCUAGCGCUAAUUCAAAACAAUAGUACCGGAAUUUUUUAUUCUGCUGAUUUGGUAGAUGGUGAAUAUGACACAGUGAAUUAUGAUGAAAAUCUACAAAUUAUGCAUCACUGGAAAAUGGUCAAAGUCACAGUAAAGUAUGCAUUAAUUGCUGGAACAUUUUGCGCUUAUUGUGGAGGCCUACUAGAUUGGAAUGCAUGGUGUGCUAAAUGUGAUCUCAAACGGUUAAUGGAAGGGUGGACCAGUGGAAAUGAAGAAUAUGAUACAAUUAUUCAGGAAACACAAAAAGAAGCGUAUUGGCAUGGUUACCGUUGCUUGAAAUGGAUUCCAACUGAGAGUUUGGAGAAUCUGAAAAAGAUUCGAACCACUUGGCAGGGGAUAAUCUACACUGCCGAUUGGAUAGAUGGAGGCUACAUUGGAUGGGAAAUUGGCCAAAAUCAGCAAGUUAUUAUAAAGAGGACAACUAUCAGGGCUGUAGUUAGAACCAAGCAAUACGAUUAUGAUAGCGAUAUGGAAUAUCGGCUGGCGUUGAUAAAGCAGGGGGAGUUGGAAGCAGAUACAGAUUUUCUGCAGGAGUUGAAAAAACAUGCAGAGACGGUUCAGAAAGAGGAUAAUAAAAAUUGGUGGGGACCACGUGGUAUUACGUAUCUGAACGAUCGAAAUGAAUAUGCAUUUGUUGAAAUAUUAGAAUGGGGUUUGCCACCAGUUGGGUGCAUAAUUGAAAUGGGAUUUAUAAUCCCCCUAGACUAUCCCAAAGAUUAUGGAACCUGCAAAGAGUGUUCUCAACCAAACACCUAUAAUAAUGGUGAUAGCAGACCGUGGUGUCAUCCAUGCAACGCCCAACAUGGAGAUAGGGAAUCUGAUGAAGAUUAUUAUAAUUUGGCCGUGAUAUUGAAAAAAUUGCAUAAAUCGCAAAAUAUUUCUACUGAGUUUAUAACUGAGCUUUCAGCGCAUGUCAACUGCAGUAAUAAAUACUAUAAACCUAGUUCAUUUGAUUCAUUUGUCCGUUGUAUUGGACUUUCAAAAGAUCCAACUUCCAUGGAAUACGUAAUCGUCCUUAGUUUAAUAUAUGAAAUGAAGGAAUCUAUCUCCCCUGUCAUUUACGGUGACUGCAAAGAAUGUGGACAAUCAGGUGGCUACUCAUGGUGCAAACUUUGUAACAGCCGCCAUUUCCAGGACCAGCAAUAUGUUGCAUUAAAGAAGUUACAUAACUCACAAAAUAUUUCUGAAGAAUAUUUAAAUGAGAUCGCCAAACAUAUUGAUUGUAAUAGCUCUGAUAAAUCUCAGGUUGUCCGAUGUUUUGGCAUUUCUCAGGAUCCUGGUACCAAAGAGUAUACCAUCGUUCUCGAAUUCUGUGACGAAGGCGAUUUGCGCACGUUUAUUCAUAAUAAUUCUGACACGAUAAAUUGGAUCACACGACUGAGUAGACUCUACAAUAUUGCCACUGGUCUCUAUAAAAUUCACUUAGCAGGACUAGUUCAUCGCGAUUUUCAUAGUGGAAACCUUUUUUUAACACGAUGGAAUGCACUAAUUGGCGAAUUGCCACAUUCACAACGUGCACAUGACACAAACCUCGCUUUAGAGAUCUACAAUGGUAUUCGGCCUCAAGUCUUUGAUGCCAUUCCACCAUGCUAUGCUGAAAUGAUGCAACAAUGCUGGGAUGCGGAUCCAUCUAAGCGCCCUACUGCUGAGAAGCUGGCAACACGAUUACGGCAAUGGUGUUACGGAUGGGAUAAGCCUAUAGACUUUUAUCAACAAAUGCAAGCUGCAGAACUGCGAAAAUCAGAACUUGCAAUUGGAAAGAAAACUCGAUCCUUAACAAAUUAUACCAGCAAACGACUUCCAAUUAUUAAAAAUGUGAAAGAAAAUGAAGUCCUUAAUGUGAAUGAUGAUCAAAUACUUGAUUCCAAGUUACAGAAUCUUUCAUUGUUUUUCGCAGAAACAG